UUUGGUCUUUGGUGAGCACUCCAUUGAUUUCUUUGUUUUUCUUCCAUUUCGCCUGUAUUCUUUCUUCUUGUUUGCUUCAAUUUUCUCUUGCGCGCGCUCGCGUACUCAUUUCCCCUGUUUAAACACAGCCCAGAGAUUCAACAACUUAAUGAGUUCAAUUGCUGUCAAACUCGCCAAGUUCUUGAGACUCUCUUCUUCCUCUACACCAGCUACAUAUUAUCCAGUGGCGGGUUUGCAGAGAAGCUUUAGGUCAUUGUAUUCAACUGGGUCGGUUAACGGAGAGAAUGAUGGCGGAGAUGAUAAUGUACUAGAUGAAGAGUUUGAUGAUUUUCUUGGUGAAAAACCCGAUUUACGACUUCAAAGUGUUGAUCCUAGGAAAGGUUGGGGAUAUCGCGGCGUCCACAGGGCGAUCAUCUGUGGAAAAGUUGGCCAAGCUCCUGUACAGAAAAUUUUGAGGAAUGGCAGAACUGUAACUAUUUUCACUGUUGGAACGGGGGGCAUGUUUGACCAAAGAAUUGUGGGAGCAAAAGAUUUGCCAAAACCUGCUCAAUGGCAUCGAGUUGCUGUACAUAAUGAGACACUUGGAGCUUAUGCUGUUCAACAACUUGCCAAAGACUCUUCUGUUUAUGUUGAGGGCGAUAUUGAAACUAGAGUUUACAAUGAUAGUAUAAGCGGCGAAGUUAAAAAUAUUCCAGAAAUAUGCAUUCGUCGUGAUGGGAAGAUUCGCCUUGUAACAAGCGGGAAAAAAGUCGCUGAUAUUUCAUUUGAUGAUCUCCGAGAGGGGUUAUUUAGCUGAAAGUAGGGGUUAAUUUUCGGAAAGCAAGACCGCCUAAAGUCUUUAUUAGCUGCAACAUGGAUCAAAAGUUGAAUCUAAUUAAUGAACUGAGUUGGCUCGGAAAAUCUCUCCUUCGGCUAGUUCUUUCGUCUUGUACAAGGAAUGAUGUUGUUCAAGCUAGUGUGACAAAUUGGUUAA